AGAUGGCAGCAUACUUCAACUUUUACCGCGAAAAACGUCCGUCUGUAGCCGAAGAAAUUUCGUCCGUCCAAUCACAGCACGUCGUAAACAGUAUUAAAACGAGUCGAGAUGUCGGCAAACAGCUGUGUCACAUCUGUCCGACUUGAUUCCCUCAAGCAAGCGGACAAACCCCAGGUCCAUUUGUUGCCUUGUGAAAUUGAGCAUGAUGGACCUGCUGAAGUCUUGACAUAUUUUACUUCCACUACAAAGGAACGCAAGCACGAAAUGUCCGUAUCAUUUAGGGGACGAGGGCUAAAAGGUCAAGAGCUACACUGCCCACAAGGAUACACAGGACUGGUGCUGAAAGAAACUCAGAAACCUGCAUCAGAUCAAGAGGACAGAACAGUAAAAGUGUCUUCAGUGUUUCACAAUUUCACGUACUGGAAUUUGGAGACACCACCGACAUCUGAUGAUGGAGUUGUGAUGGCAAUGGCAUGGUCCCAGCUAGCAGAGGCAAUACAUGGACAAGUUGACUGAGAGAUUUAUUUUAUUAUGGAAGCAACCAUCUACUUCUCGAGUACAGUGUUACAGUUAAACAAAUGUGAAUAUUAUAAUUUUCUUGAAGACAGAACCACAUACUAAACAACUCACUUGUGAUAUUGACUGAUAUUUUAACGGAACAGUUAAGCCUGAGUAAAAAUGUCACAAUUUAAUAAUAAGUUAAUUAUAUUAUGACAAUUAGAUAACUAUUAAAGUGUCUUGUUUUAUUGCUUUCA